UACAGAGUCAGGUUCUAAUUGGAUGAUGCAUAAGAGCGGACAUCAACUUCAGUAUCCCCAGUGCCAGAGGUAUUCUGAAAUCAAAGAAAGUGGGUAUCUGCAUGAAUCCACCCAAUGCAUUCAGUUCCAUCACUCCAGUUAGGUUCCACCGCAUCACAAGGAGCCAAGAUCAACAACACGACCACCCCUCAUGCACACCCCGCCUCUGACGUGGAAGACAAACACAAAGACAACCAAACUUUCGCCCGACUUCAACUCCGCAAUCUCCCACCUGCAACCUCUCCCCAAACCACACGUCCGAACCCUCCUCAUCUCAUCCAUCUCAUCCAUCCUAUCCAUCCCAUCAAACACACCAAAAUGUCCACCAAACACCCCAACCUCAAAAUCGAAGACGGCCAACCCUCCCCCCUCCCCAACUUCACCCGCCACAUAACAACCCACAACCCCUCCGGCGCCGCAACCAUCCACUCCUCGACCCCGGCGUCCUGGAUCUCUCUGCGCGAGAAAUCCGUCGGCUUCAGCGUCGCCUACACGACGUCCGAGUUCCCCGCGAACCUGAACAAUGACGCAGAUGUUGUCGCAAACGAACAGCUCAUGGAAUCCCGGUCGCUGGGGCUCGUGAACCCCAACGGCACCGUGUGUCGGGUCGUGGACUUUGCGCCGAACUCGCCCGGCGUGAUGCAUCGGACGCAGAGUCUGGAUUAUGGGGUUGUGCUGGAGGGGGAGAUUGAGAUGCACCUUGACUCCGGGGACGUGAGGGUGCUGAAGAGGGGCGAUAUUGCGGUGCAGAGGGCGACGAUGCAUGAGUGGCGGAAUGUGAGCGGGGAGUGGACCCGGAUGUUGUUCUUCUUGCAGGAGUGUCAGCCUGUUGUGGCGGGGGGGAAGCAGUUGGGGGAGGAUUUGAAUGGGAAUGAUGAUUUGAAUUGGAAGGAUGAUGUGAAUGCGAAGUAGGGUGGGGUUUAGGUGUUGAUGGGAUGGGUUUAAUGGGAGCUCGUAUGAUGAUUGUCUUUGAGAAUUGAUUGAAGUUAUUACGUUCUAUUUAUCGUCUAGCUUCGAACUGGCUUGCUACUGGGCUGGUUGGACGAAUAAGAAUGCGUAGCAGAGAGUA